AUGACGCUAGCUCCUAAACCAUCUUCAAAAAACUCUGCUGAGCAUUCGCAGCGAAAAACUAAUUUAAACUCAUCUGUCAGCGAGAUAAAGGAUGUGAAGGAAGAACAGGUAAUCGUGGAUGAUGUCGGGACAAAGAUAAAGCUAAGCAGUUUUGGACAAAGAAGACUGUUCUCAUCGAUUAAUAUAUCAGCAGAUAAAUGGCUUCUUACACUAGAUGAACAUUCAGUGGCUAAGUUGGGGAAUCCUCCUUCUUUAGUUGAUGGAUUAGAUCGGAAAACCGAAUUGGAUUUGCGAUAUCUUGGUUGUGAAAUAAUUCAGUCAGGUGCGAUACUGCUUCGUAUACCUCAGGUUGCAGCAGCGACAGCACAAAUUCUUUACCAGCGAUUUUAUUAUCAAAGGUCAUUUGUUCGACAUCAUUUCGAAUAUACGGUAAUGGCAUGCCUUUUAUUAGCGAGCAAGAUUGAGGAGGCGCCACGUCGGCCACGUGAUGUCAUCAAUGUGUUCCAUCGUUUGGAACAUUUACAUGGCAAAAGAACUGAAUCCAAAAAGUAA